UGGGUUGCACUUCCUAGUUGAAACAGAACGAGAACUCUCUUUGUAGACGGAAAGAAAAUGGCGGACGAUCAGGAACAUUUUAGCUGUCCUAUGUGUUUGGAGCUACUAAAAGAUCCUGUGACGACUGCCUGUGGUCAUACCUACUGUAUGAACUGUAUCAAUACCUUUUGGGAUCAAGACAAUGCGAUAAAUGCUAAGUACUGCUGUCCCCUGUGUAGACAGACUUUCACUUUGAGGCCUGUUCUCAAGAAAAAUACACUGCUGGCUGACAUGGUGGAAAGACAGAGGAACACAACGUUCAAAGAUCUGACUCUCGAUUUGAAUAAGGCUGAGCAUGGAGAUGUGGAGUGUGACGUCUGCUCUGGGGGAAAACGCAAAGCUGUUAAAUCGUGUCUGGUGUGUUUGGUUUCUUACUGUGAACCUCACCUCCAGCCUCACUUGGAUUUGCCUAUCCUCAAGAAACAUAGGAUGAUUAAUGCCCACACGAAACUAGAAGACAAGAUCUGCCCUCUCCACGACAAACUGCUGGAGGUCUACUGUCGUACUGACCAGCAGUGCAUCUGUUUUCUGUGUGCUAUGGAUGAACAUAAAGACCAUGAGACAGUCUCAGCUGCAGCAGAAAGAACAGAGAAACAAAUGCAGCUAAGUGAGACCCAGCAGAAAGUCCUGCUAAGAGGAUUGGAGAUAAGUAUGGAGCUACAUAAGCUAAGAGAGGCAGGAGACUCCAUCACAAACUCUGCACGGACGACAGUAGAUGACUUUGACAGGGCCUGUGACGAGCACCUCCGUGUGUGUGUUCGCUCCGUGGAGAGAAGACGUUCAGAGGUGAAGGAGCUCGUCAGAGCCCAGCAGGGGGCAGUGUGGUUGCAGGCUGAGAGUCUGACAGAGAGACUGAUAAAGGUGGGUGGUGAGCUGACUAAGAGAGACCGGGAGAUGAAACAGCUUUCUCAGACAGAGGACCCCACACACUUCCUAAGGAGUUUCCAGUCACUUGGUGAUCUUCCUGGAUCUCAGAACUCAUCUGCAAACUCUGUGGUAAAGUGUAUCACUGAACAAAAAGAAAAACUGGAAAAUAUGGUCAAGGAAGAAACGAGGAAGAUGUUCAACUCUCUGCCUCUUCAUAAUGAUAUGGUGACAGAAAGCCCACAUCUUUCUCCAAUGAUAGAGUUCAAAUCAAAGAGAGAUAUAAGCGCCUCUUGCUACUGCAAUGUGGAGGUGGAUCCCAUGACAGUGUGCCUAUGUCUCCACCUCUGUGAUGAAAACAGAACGAUCUCCUGGAGUGACCAGGUCAAGCCCCACCCAGACCACCCCGACAGGUUCAGCCCUUACCAGCAGGCCCUGAGCAGGGAGGGUCUGUCAGGGACCUGCUACUGGGAAGUGGAGUGGAGUGGUGGUGUUGUUACUGUGGCCGUCUCCUACAGAAACAUCAAGAGGAAAGGCUGGGGGAACGACUGCUGCUUCGGGCACAACGACCAGUCCUGGUGUCUAGUGUGUUCUUCGUCAUCUUGUUUCUUCUGGCAUGAUAAGAUGUUCAAGCCCGUUCCAUUCCCUUGCUCCUCCAGAGUGGGAGUGUAUCUCAACCACGAGGCAGGAGUUCUGUCCUUUUACAGCGUCUCUGACACGGGUACAAUGAUGCUCCUGCACAGAGCACAGACUAUAUUCACCGAGCCCCUCUACCCUGGCUUUAGUGUUGACCAAGGAGCAAUGUUAAAGAUAUGUGCAGCUAAGAAGAUAAACUGACAAUUUGCUACCUUUCAUUUUAAUGAUGUACUUCUGCCAUUCACACUGUAUAUUGUACUGGUUCAAGGAUAAACAUGGGAUUCAUGUUAAGUUGAAUUAACAAUUUGAAGUAUUGGAUUGCAAAUGGAAAUAUCGUAAAUUAAACAUUCUAUGCAUAUAUUGACCUGAAUAAAAACUAAAGGAAUGGUUUUGUGUCAACCCAAAUGUAACAGUUCAAUUAUUUUUUUGACAUUCUUGAAUGUCAGCCAUAAAAUGUUAUGGAAGUGAAUUAUUUUUUAUUUAUGGUUGUCAAAUAAAUUGUAUGACAAUUGCUGGAUAUAAA